GGGACGGCGGCGAGCGGGAGCUUCGCUUCGGCGCUGGGUUGGUUCUCGCCGCCCCGCCUGACCGCCGCGCUCCGUUCCUCUGCCAGGUGGAGAUGGAGGAGUUCGGCGUCGCCGCAGGGCAGCGCGUGGCCGUCAUCUGGGACGGAUCCUCGCCGGUGGGAGCGCUGAAGGGCUUGGUGGAUUCCGUCCGGGCCUCGGUGGGAGCUGACGGUCGUGUGGCCGUGGAGAACGUUAACCAGCUGUCUCAGUCGGCUCACAGGGAGUCCAGUUUCGAUGUGAUUCUCUCUGGUGUGGUACCAGGCAGCACAGCACAGCACAGUGCAGAGGUACUGGCAGAAAUAGCUCGAAUACUGAAGCCUGGGGGUCGUGUCCUCCUGAAAGAACCCGUGGUGACAGAAUCAGGUAACAACAGCGGGAUCAAGACAGCAGCCAAACUCCCUGCAGCUCUGACUCUCUCUGGGCUGGUGGAAGUGAAGGAGCUGCGAAAGGAACCUCUGACCGCAGAGGAGGCCCAGUCAGUCCGAGAGCAUUUGGGCUACCAAGGCAAUGACCUUCUCAUUGUUCAGAUAGAAGGCAGGAAACCCAAUUUUGAAGUGGGAUCUUCAAGUCAACUCAAACUGUCCUUUGCCAAGAAAACAAGUCCUUCAGGAAAGCCCUCUGUGGACCCAGCUACUGCUAAGCUGUGGACGCUGUCUGCCAGUGAUAUGAAUGACGAAGAGAUGGAUCUUUUGGACUCUGAUGAGCUGUUGGAUUCAGAGGAUUUGAAAAAGCCAGAUCCAGCCUCUCUCAGAGCUCCGUCCUGCAAAGAAAAGGGCAAAAAGAAAGCCUGCAAGAACUGCACGUGUGGCCUGGCUGAAGAGCUGGAACAGGAGAAGAAGAGCUCGCAGCCCAAAUCUGCCUGUGGAAAUUGCUACCUGGGGGAUGCAUUCCGCUGUGCCAGUUGCCCUUACCUGGGGAUGCCUGCCUUCAAGCCUGGAGAGAAGAUCCUGCUGAAAGAGAACCAGCUGCACGAUGCCUAAGAAAGUCAUCUCUGAGCGUCCUGGAAAGGACCUCCCUGCUUUGCCAUCAGCCUGAGAUACAGAGGCUCUUUGUACAGCUCUCCUCCUCCUCUCAAACUCAUGCUCUC